AUGUCUCUCAGUACGCCUAUAUCUCUCAAAGAAAGGGAAGAAGAUAAUUCAAAAUUUGUGGAAAUACAGCAGUCACAAACUACAUGCAUAGCCGCAGAAGAUCCUCUUCAAAACUUAUGCUUAGCAUCUCAAGAAGUUCUCAAAAAAGCUCAGCAAAAUGGAAGAUCAAAAUGUGUGAAGUGUGGUGGUUCAAGAAUGUUCUACUGCUAUACAUGUUACGUCCCAGUUGAGAAUGUACCUGUUGAACAGAUACCACAUGUGAAGCUACCAUUGAAGAUUGACAUCAUUAAACAUCCGAAUGAAACAGAUGGCAAAAGCACUGCUGUACAUGCAAAACUCUUAGCACCUGAAUUUGUAAAUAUUUAUACAUAUCCGUGUAUUCCAGAAUAUGAAGAAAAGGACCAUGAAGUUGCACUUGUAUUUCCUGGACCUAAGUCUGUUUCAGUAAAAGAUAUUUCUUUUCAUCUGCAAAAAAAGAGUCAAAAUAGCAUUAGAGGCAAAAAUGAUGACCUUGAUAAGCCAUCCAUUAAACGCAAGAAGACUGAAGAACAGAAUCUGAAUGACAGCAAAUGCAAAGACACAACACUGAAAAAAAUUGUGUUCAUAGAUAGCACCUGGAACCAAACAAACAAGAUAUUCACUGAUGAGAGACUUCAAGGGUUGCUACAAGUUGAGUUGAAAACAAGAAAAACUUGCUUUUGGCGCCAUCAAAAAGGAAAGCCAGAUACCUUCCUUUCCACUAUUGAAGCCAUUUACUACUUUCUGGUAGACUAUCAUACUGAUAUAUUAAAAGAGAAAUACAAAGGACAAUAUGAUAAUCUUUUAUUUUUCUACUCUUUUAUGCACCAGUUGAUAAAGAAUGCCAAGUGCCCUGGAGACAAGGAAACAAGAAAACUUACCCAUUAG